CUCAUGAACUAAAUGCACCAGUAGCUACCAGCAUAGAGAAUAUAAAAAAAUAUUAAUUUCUGAUUUUUGUAUUCGGUUGGGGGCAUUUUUAUGUAACUAAAUUCAUGCAGAGAUUACAAUUCUCUUUCAUAGACAUGAUUACAAUUGUCAUAAAAAAACAAUAAUUGACAUUUGACAUUUUUACCGCAAACGGCAAAAGUAAAUACUGGAAGUAGGGUCACGAAACUUUAUUGUUGCUGUUUGUUAGAAGUUAUAAUGAAAAUUAUGUGUUAAUCCCCAUUUACGUAAAUUAUAGAUAUUUGAGAAUAACGAUACACAAUGACUUUCCCAUUUAGUACGAAUACGACUGCACAGAAUUCCUCUUUUGGCGCUUCGAAACCUGCAUUUUCAUUUGGAAGUACUAACACCGCCACCACAAGUAACCCAGGUUUUAGUUUCGGAACUACCACAACACCAUCUGGCUUUGGCACGUUUGGGUCCACUGCCACUAGCACCGCAACUCCAUUUGGUCUAGGCACUGCUCCAGCAUCGUCUGCACCAUCCUUCUUUGGUGGCACUGGAGGUUUUGGAGCCACCACUACAAAACCUAAUACUGGGUUUGGAACGGGCUUUGGGACAAACACAUUUGGCACUUCAACAUUCAGCAGUGCUGCCCCAACAUUUGGCACAAACACAGGUUCGAAUACUUUUGGUGCUGGAAACACAUUUGGAUCUGUGUUUGGAGCCAAACCAGCUGCUUUUGGUGGAUUUAACACUGGAUUUGGUGCUAAUCAGUUUGGACAGCCUCAACAGCAGCAGCAACAGCAACAACAGCCGCAGGGUCCUACGACAGCGCACGAGGCGCUUGUGGCCGCUGUGUUCAACUGUUGUGUGUUUGGAGAUGAGAGGGAUCAGGUUUUAGCAAAAUGGAACUUAUUGCAAGCUCAAUGGGGCACUGGGCAGGCUUACUACAGUCAGAAUGCACCACCGCUGGAACUGAAUGAACAAAAUCCUUUAUGCCGCUUCAAGGCGGUUGGAUACUCAAAACUAAGUGGAAAGGAAGAUAAAGAUGGACAUGUUGCUUUGUUAUUCAAUAAAACUGAACAGGAAAUUAAGAAUAACCAACAAGCACUCAUAACAUCCUUGCAAGGUCUUCUUGGCAACAAACCGAAUUUGGUAGUAAACAUUGACUCAGUGAAGGCAGUGGCAGAAAAUAAAAGUCAGGUGGUGAUGUUUGUGGUGGACAAGGCGGCGAGCGGCGCGCACGUGAGCGCGUCGGAGCUGGGCGCGUUCCUGAACGGCGCGGGCCCGCGCGGCGCGCUGGCGGGCGCGGGCUGCAGCGCCGUGGCGCCCGUCACGCAGCCCGCGCCGCAGCUGCUGCACCAGUACCUGCAGACGCCGCCGCCAGGCAUGGAUAUGAGACUUUGGAAACAGGCGCAAGCAGAUAAUCCGGAUCCGCAGAACUAUAUACCCGUACCUAUUAUAGGAUUUUCAGAGAUCAAGUUUCGCGCGCGGUGCCAAGCGGAGCAGGCGCGGCUGCAGACGGGCUGGGUGGCGCGCGCGGGCGCGACGCUCGCCGAGCUGCGCACGCGCCGCGCCGCCUCCGCCGCGCGCCUCGCGCAACUCGCCGCGCGCCUGCACGCAUUGCGGCACACGCUGCUGCAGGUGGUGGCGCGGCAGGAGGCGCGCGCGGGCGCGGGCGCGGCGCUGUCGGCGGCGGAGGAGGCGACGCGCGCGCGCCUGCAGGAGCUCGCCUCGCAGCUCGCCGCGCCGCCGCUGUACAACGGUCGGCUGAACGAGUUGCUGUGUGCUGUUCGUCUCCAACGCAGCGCCAGCGCCGGCAUGACGCACGAGCGGUAUCAACUCGAUCCUGAUGCACAAGAAGAUGUGAAACAGUUCUUGACGCUGCAGCAGCGCGGCAUGGCACACUUGUUAGACACGGCUCGGAAAGACCUCGCCGCCCUCAACACUAUAGCUGAAGGCAUGGCGCAGCUUGUCAGAGGCUAAUGCGGAAUACUUUCUUGAAUUUAUUGGAUUUAUACCAUUCCCUAAUAAGAACAUGAAUAAAUAUUGAAUGAGAAUCUUUGUAAGGGAAGUGUUAAGGAAUAAUAAAGAUACUUUGAUAAUUA